UUACAACAAAAUGGCGCUGUCCUCAGCGAAACCUGCACCGGUUAGAAUUUAGCGAGAUAACAGCUUAACAAGUUAUAGAGUGCUAGRCGUUUCUCAGCUGUUUGAUAGAAUUUUGAGAUUUUAACAASUGACCUUUGAAGAUUUCUUUAAUGYCGAUAUUUCAUACCAUGCAAGAUGGUGGUAAAGUUGCACCAUGUGGAGUUCUUAUGCAACAACAUACGAAAACAAAUGGGACAGUUUUGCAGCGGUUUUGGUUUUAAACCAUUUGCUGAGGCUUUUAAUCCGACAAGWAUUGCACUUAAAAGAAAUUCUAUUUAUUUUGUUYUGAAAGAARACCAAACACACAAAGAUACAGUAUCCAACAUUACGUUUGAAGUAAAAAAUGUAAGUGAAGUUACGAAGAAUAUUCAAAAUCAUGGUGGCGAAAUUAUUUCUCCACCAAAAAUAUCAAAAGACCUCGAUGGGCAUACUAUAUCAACAAUAAUUCAAUCUCCUUGUGGAAACGUGCUUCAUACCUUWAUUGACAAKUCCAGCUAUAGUGGAUUGUUUCUUCCUGGCUUCAGUCCUGCGACCACAUCAACUUUGGACGUCAGACCAAACAAAUUUCCWGGAAAUUCAGAUGAGGAUUUGAUUUCACAUGUAGACCAUAUUGCAUUUGCUUGCCAUAGGGGUACAUCRUCACAAAUGAUUGACUGGUAUAGUAAGUGUCUAGGGUUUAAAAGAUUUCAAGUGAAUCCUGAUGAAGUGGAUGAUGGRUAUACAAUAUCAAGCCUYGUUAAUGGUUCUUUUGUUGGCUUGAAACUCUCUGCRAUGCAAUACUGGAAGUGUUCAGAGACUGGUAUUGAAGUUAAUUCUGAUGAUUCCAGGAAUAAUGUCAAAUUUGUAUUUGGAGAGGCACUUCCUGGUCAAGAUGCUCCAAAUCAAAUUCAAACAUUCCUUGAAGAACAYGGAGGACCAGGAGUGCAACAUAUAGGACUACACAGUACAGAUAUGGUCAGUACAAUUAAGACUUUCAAAAACAAUGGYGUGGAGUUUGUUUCACCACCACUGGAAUACUAUAAUCAGCCGAAUAAAAUAAGAGAAAUCUGUAGUGCAGGUCAUUCUAUACAGAGUCUACGAAGUCAAGGAAUUUUGCUGGAUGCUGAAAGUUUUACCAACAAAGAUGAAAAUACAACAAAAAAAUAUUUGAUGCAAAUUUUUACUAAGCCAUUAUUUGAAGAAAACACUUUUUUCAUGGAGAUAAUUCAACGGUUUGGAGCAACAGGAUUUGGAUCAGGAAACAUUACUGCCCUGUGGCAAGCUCUGGAUGAACACCUCAGAAAAUCUCAAAAUAGAACAAAGUCCUGACUAAAGCAAACUCAAAACAAGUAAUAUUAUGUUCAUUAGUAUUAUCAGUGGGUCAAAAAAUUAAACACCAGACCUGAAAAAAGUAGCCAAACAUUCUGCAGCUGCAUAUUUAAUAAGAAGAAAUGCAAAAAAGUUAUCAACUAUAAACACUUUUGGAAGUUACUGGCUACUWUUGAAAACAUUUAUUUAAUAUGGAAUAUAAUUUUAUCAUUAUGAUAUUUAUUAAAUAUUUGAUUUACAUUGUAGCUGAUAUUGGAAAGUUUUUGUUAUUUAAAAAUCCAAUUUAAGUUUGAAACUUUUAAAUUUUAUGUAGAGCAGAGU